GCAGGAGAACAUCGUGCUAUAGUGCUGAGAAAGAAGCCGGUAGUUCCUCCUUAAACUAGAAGCUAUUCCCGCCAAGGUAACAUCAGGUUUUGUGCCCUUUGAAUAAGUUUUAGGGUAACUUUAAACGCGCACAAUGGCAGAGAAGAUAGACAUGGAGGGAGGAAAAGCAUCCAACGGUGAGGCGCACCUCGACGAGCCGCUGGCCAACGGACUCAACAGCCACAAGAGCAGUCCGGAGCCGCUGUCCCAGCGGGUGCUGCGGCUGGUGAGGGCCAACCUGCUGGUGAUUCUCACCGUGGCCGGGGUCAUCGUCGGGGUUUUUAUCGGACUUGGCGUGCGCAACGCGACCCUGACGAGGACCCAGAUCAUUUACAUCGGCUUCCCAGGUGAGCUGCUCAUCCGGCUGCUGAAGAUGAUCAUCAUCCCCCUGGUGGUGUGCAGCCUGGUGUCCGGGGCGGCCAGCAUCGACCCCAAAGCCCUGGGGAAGCUAGGCGGCUGGGCCAUGCUCUUCUUCCUGGUCACCACCUUGAUCGCGUCGUCCAUCGGGGUCGUGAUGGCUUUCAUCGUGACGCCCGGCGCCGUGGCCGUCACCAAGCCAGCGGGCCUGGAUGAAGAAGUGCCUGCUCAUAAAGAAGUUAUAGACUCAUUCUUAGACCUGAUAAGAAACAUCUUUCCCUCCAACCUGGUGUCUGCUGCCUUUCAGUCGUAUGCAACCUCCUACAAGCUGGUUAAGAAGAAUGGCACAGAUGGCAACUUCAAUCUCACAGUGGAGAAGGUGCCCUUUGGAACAGACCAGGAUGGUAUGAAUAUCCUCGGCCUGGUAGUGUUUGCUAUUGUGUUUGGUGUGGCGUUAAGGAAGCUGGGUGAGGAAGGAGAGAUCCUGAUCAAGUUCUUCAACUCCUUCAAUGAAGCCACCAUGGUGCUGGUGUCCUGGAUCAUGUGGUAUGCCCCUCUUGGUAUCAUGUUCCUUGUUGCUGGUAAAAUCGUGGAGAUGGACGAUGUCGGCAAACUGUUUGCCAGUCUGGGAAAAUACAUAGCCUGCUGCAUCAUUGGACAUGCCAUCCAUGGUGCUCUGGUGCUGCCGGCCAUCUACUUCAUCUUUACAAGGAAGAACCCGUACACCUUCCUCUGGGGAAUAUUCACAGCUCUGGCUACAGCCUUUGGAACAAGCUCUAGCUCUGCCACUCUGCCCCUCAUGAUGAAGUGCGUGGAGGAAAAUAACGGCGUAUCCAAGCACAUCAGCCGUUUCAUCCUGCCCAUCGGCGCUACAGUCAACAUGGAUGGAGCCGCUCUCUUCCAGUGUGUUGCUGCAGUUUUCAUCGCUCAGCUGAACAACACUCCCCUGAACUUCAUCCAAGUCAUUACCAUCCUCGUGACAGCUACAGCAUCCAGUGUUGGAGCAGCAGGGAUACCUGCCGGUGGUGUGCUGACACUAGCUAUUAUCCUGGAAGCGAUAGGACUUCCCACCAGCGACAUCUCUCUUAUCCUGGCUGUGGACUGGCUUGUUGACCGCACAUGCACCGUGUUGAACGUGGAGGGUGACGCUUUCGGAGCCGGGCUCUUGCAGCACUAUGUGGACCGCACAUCCAAACAGGUGGACGGAAACGAGCUGAGCGAGGUCAGACUCGGCAAUGAUCCUUCAGCCGCUGCACCCGAGCACUCGCCACUCAUCGACAAACAUGGUGGAAGGGACGGUACGAAGGCAGCGCCCUCUAGUGAAGAGUCUAUUAUGUAAUCUGGUGGCAUUACCAAGAGUUCCCCCCUCUCCUGUUUGACACUCCUGCAAGCUGAAACCAGACGUUCAAACCCUUCUUUGUUUUUUUUUUCUCUGCCCUAAAGAAAAGUGCAAGGAGACGUGCACACUACAAUGCAAUGACAAGCUCUCUGACCUCAACAAUUUUCUAAAGGGACAGCUAAAAAAAAAGUCAUAUGGGGUAUUUAAAGUCCAUGUUGUGCACAGUUUUGUUUUCAUUUUGAAGGAUGGUAUUGUACAUUGGACUGGCUGCUAUGUUCACUCAACUCUAGUGGUGCAUUUGGUUGGUCCUCAUCACCUUUGAAGUCAGAAUUGUAUUUUGUUCUACAUAUCGGAUGUUCUUUAGGCAUGUGACCAAUCUGUACAACCAAAAACUGGACCAAUGACCUUCUGCAAGAUGUGGUGGGGAUGUUGUAAACAAAGGAAAUGUUACAUUGAUUUUCAAUGGAGAAGUGGCAGUUACAUUAAUGCUAAAGCUUUGUUAAAUCUCAUUUAGAUUAUUGAGCUGCCACCAGCAGAACCCCCUCUUGGAAAACAGGAAAAAUUCUGACUUUAGACGUUGAUGAGAACCACCAUAUAGUUUGCUGCAGCCAGUCUGGCAGUUUUCAUAUUCUCCAUCAGAAAUCUGUUACCUUCAAAAUGUUUUCGUCACUGUCACUGUUUAGUUUUUCUUUUGUGUUCAGCUUUAUCAGAUUUCAAACUUUCACAAGGAAAAUGUCUUUUAUGAAAAUACGUGCUUUAGAUAUGAAUAUGUGUAUUUUAGUUUACAUGAUUAUAGCCACUUUCAUGCAGGUUACUACAUGUCUUGUAUUUGAUUUGUCAAAUAUGAGACACACAUAACAGUAUAGUUUACCUAUAUUCCAUAAUCUCUGCAUAGAAAAUUGCUGUGACCAUAUACACCAAAAUGCACAUGUAUCAGUUUUUAUUGUUUUAAAAUGGCGUUGAAGGCUUUUGCUGGUCUUUAAUUUUGGUUGUGGUUACUCCAUGGGAAUGAUUCUCUAAUGCACAAUGCCUUUUUUCAUAGUGAGAAAAAACAAUAGAGUUACUCUCCAUAUUUAUUCAUAUUUCAAAGUACUCCAAAUGAAACAUAAUCUUCAAUAACGUCCAAAGAGUGAAUGAUGGAGCUCUAUCUCAAGGAUUUUGACGACAUGCAUGGGCGCACACACAAACACACUGACUUCUGCCUCAGAUGGACGCAGUCUGGCGUUAUAACCUCAGGUUUGACUUUUUGCUUGAAGACUGUUGUUUAAACUGCUCCUUAAAUACCCUGAGACCAAAAAAAAUCACACAGACUCGACAAAAAAGGAGAUGAAGCUCCUGAUGUACUUUCUGGGAAGUGUGCUUUUUAUAUUAUUAAUAUUAUAGCCCUCAUUGUCCAUGUACAAAAGGGUGAUAAAGCACAGCGUGUGGUAAGGACUGUUUGGCUGAUGUUAAAAAUGUUAAAUGUAUGGUGUGACUAUAUGUCGUGUGAAGUAACUAAUUUCCUUCCACUACAGUUAUGUCUGUCUGAAAUCUGAACACCUAAAGAACUCAAGUGAAAAGGUAAGAACAGCUCAGUUUAUUUUUGUUUUGGUGAAAAUGGCCAUAAACCUGAAAUUCUUACGUGUCCACUAGGCCUCCUUGUAUAUAUUGAUAAUUAUUUGUUGUAAUUGAUAUUUAUUUCUCUAAUCAAAAUCCAAAGACAUUUUUAGCCAUUUUUUUUGACAUGCUAGUAACUCCAAAUUGGCUUCUUUUUUUUUUUUCCAGUUUCAAUUCUUCUUGUAACAGCUAGUUGGUGGUAAAUUUGUUUUUUACUGUUCAUGUCCUCUCAGCCUUGUUUUCAACUCGUGGGUUACUGUCUAAACUAUAUUUGUACACAUUGCUUCCAUUUGAUGCAUAUUUUUUUGUGGCCAAGACUUGAGAUUUUGGAGACGUGUGUGCUGAAGCAGGAAUGAUAUGACUUGUUUUGGUUUUUACUUUAAAAUGAUACUGUUUUCACAUGCAACAAUGUAGAGUUGCACUACUGAAUGUUAUGCUUCCAUCCAUAUCAUCAAAAACUGUUUAAAGUAGGAAUGAAUGGGGCAUAGACUACUAUUAUAUAUGCAAUUUUUGACGAAUAUCCGUUUUCUUUGCUAGCUUUAGCUCUACAGUAUUUGGCAUGUGGGCAUUUAUGAAUUCAUUGCAGGCCCGAGGUCUCAUUUCUGUCAAGUCUUACGUAUUUUACAGAAGUGCUUCAACAAGCAUUGCCUCUCAACAGCUGAUGCGCUUUGCUUCCUUUCUGUCUUUUGGUGCAAGGUUUUAUACAGAUGUUAUCAUUCCUCUCUGAGAUCUUACACUAUACGACUGGUACAAUCAUAGCAUUUGUUUGCACAUGGUAGAUAUAGUAAUUGUAUUGCAGUGGGGCUAUGUUUGAAAACUCUGAAUUUCCGGUUACCAUCUGAAUGUACUGUCGUUAGGUUAAAGCAAUAAAGGCCUUUCUUUUUUUUUA